GUAGGAUUUCGUUGAUGAGAAAGACCGCUUUGAAGGAAUCUGUCUCUAUCAGGUGUGUGUUUACGAAUUUUGGCCUGAGGUUGGCCGAAUUGGGUGCGAUUCUCAAAACUUUUAUAAGAAUUGCACGAAGAAACGAUGGUAAAACAAAGUUUAAAUGUUGUUUUCCUUGUGGCAGCUCUUUUGGUCCCAUUUGGUGAUUGUAGAAGUGACAUAACAAGAGCAACCCAAUGCCUUGUACAUUUUCAAUAUCAAAUUGAAACUAACCUAUUCACAAAAGCUGCCAAGCCAAAUGUACAAUUUAGGGCCUCUGUAGAUGGCAUGCCAGAUCUUCCCAAGUGGCUUCGUUUGGAGCAGAAAACCCCAACUGCACCUGCCUUUAUAUAUGGCACACCCAAAGAGCAAGAUGUUGGGGAAGUUUUUUUAGAGAUCAUUGGUUGGAACAAAGAUGAUUAUAGCACAGCAAAGAAAAUAAUGCGAAUUACAAUUGAAGCAAAACAAGCAUCUCAAGUGAAAUACCAAGUUGAUUUUAAGAUCUCCAAUUUUGACUUGGCCGAUUUCUUACUGAGAGACAAAUACCGAUCUUUUGCCCAAGAGGUUCAAGAUAUCUGGACAAAUGCGUACAUUGUUACAAAAAUUGACAAAACUGUCAACAGACCAGGGGGUCGAUACACCCCUACUGGAGUUAAGGAAGGUGUGUUUAUCACGAUUGGCGCGGGAAAACCUCCACCGGACGCUUUGAAAAAUGCUCGGUAUUGUGCCCCGCAGAGCCCUAAGCCAGCAAGCCAGUCCGUCUAUAAUAAAUUUUCUAAAGGUGAAUUCACCGUCUCUUGGUGUCACUUAUCAUCGCUAGAACUCUCGUUGACAUCAGCUGGCAAGCAGGUACCACAGCCAAAGAAACCCGAGGAUGAUUUCACAAAGACUGAAUACAAAACCGUGAAGUAUGAUGCUGGGAGGAAUGAUUUAUCCACAGACUGGAUUUAUGUUUGCAUCCCUGUGCUCAUCGGAUUUAUAUUCAUCGUUGUAUUGACCUAUGUGAUGUGCUGCAAUAGACAAGGAUCUGCUAAGAGAGACGCCAUGACACCAAGAGAGCAGCUAGAGCAUCACCGUUCUCUUCGUCGUGCAACAUACCGGAUGCGGAAUAUGAACAGUAGCAAUGCACCGAGUGAUGAAGCACCCGGCAAUGGCAGCUACACAUACGGUCGACUUGAAGAAGAUAACGACCGAAGCACUUUGAAACCGCGUGGUGCUGACAGAAAUCCUAACCAGUCUUUGCCAAGUACCCCCGGCACGAACCAACGCUCCACCGUCCCACCACCAUAUCGGAUGCCACCGUCUUUGCCUUCAGACCAAGCUUCAGACACAGACUCGCUGCCAUCUGGGCCUCCACCUUACAAAAGACCGGAAGAGGGAAGAUGGUAGCGUACACAGUCACAAUAAACAUUUUCACUGUAUUUUGACAACUUUGUUAACAGCCGUGUAGGUUUUUUAUCAGUUAGGAAAUUUAGGAUUUUAGCAGGGAAAAUUCAGAAUUGUAUUUUCAUGAAACCAAGAAUUCUGAUCUAAAAUCUCUUGGAGAACAACCCCAUCCGGCCUUGAGUAAAUUGAAAGCCUUUCCAGAAACUCCCAUCUGUAUCUCCCACUGAGCCAAUUGCUUCUUGUGUCCCUCUUUCCCUAUCUAUUUUAUCACUGUAUUUAACCUCAGUUUUGUAAUGUGUAUUGUAUUUAUCAAUUUCUGCAUACCACCUUGCUCUUUAAUAUCGUAAUUUUGUAAUAUUUCUAUCUUUGUAAUACUUUUAUUCUAUUUGAUAUCAAAUCAAUAUCAAAACAGAA